UUUUUUUAUUUUUACAUGGCUUCCUGGUUUGAAAAAACUAUUGAAUUUCUGACCACUGGAGAACUAAUUAUAACUGUGUCCUUGGUUAAAGUUAUAGAAGACUUUUUAAGCACUGCUUUGGUAAUUUCCAGAUGCAGUCAUAAGGGAAAAAGUCAGCUCUUGGAUUCAUUCUUAGUGAACUUAGGACUUCUAGUGGCAGACAAGACAAUUGAUUAUUUGAUUCGGAAGGAGGCUCUAAGGACUUUGAACUCCAUCUUGGAAAAAAUGCCUCGAGGAGAGAUGGUGAAAUUUCCUUUAUCAGAAAACAAAGUCUCUCUCACGAAAGGCCUUGCCAUGGCAAUUUUGGAGAUAGGUGAUUAUGAUCUACAAGUUGCUCUUUCUGAAGCCUUGUGCAGGAUGAUGAGCAAAAAGUCCCAAGCUGACCUUGCCCAUAGAUUGUUUGAAGAUGACAUUGUUGCUGUAGCUUUCAAAGAGAUAAGAGACAGAGAAUUUGAGACAGACAGUAGAAGAUUUCUUAAUUGCCUAAAUGAUAAGCUUGGUGAUAAAAGGAGGGUUUAUACAUUUCCAUGUAUUGCUGCCUUUGUUGAUGGAUAUGAGGUGAGGAAGCCACAUGAUGAAAACCUGGAGAAGUUUUGGAUUGAUUUUAACAUAGGAAGUCAGAGCAUAACAUUCUAUAUAGAUAAUCCUGAGGAUGAACUGUGGGAUUCCAUAAGACUUCUAAAGGAAGCAGUUAGCAGUUUCAGUAUAAAAGAAGCUGGAAAAAAGAAGGUCCUUGUUGUUUGCCCGAAGAAAUCUCUUUUUCUUUUCAACAACAAAGAAGUGAUGAAAAUAGAAAUACAUUUUGAUUUACAAUCUGAUAUACUAAAGACUUGCAUGAGAACUCUUGGACCAGACAAAUACCUGCUGAACCCUAAUCGGACAAAAAAAGAACCAUCAGAAACUCUUGAGGAUUUCAAGGAACAAGAGAGUCUCUGUUACCAUGACGAAAAAGCAGUAGAAGAACCUAUGUAUCAUGAAGAAUCUGUGCUAGAUGAUAAAAAUGAUUCUUUUUAUGAGUCUUCUGAAGUAGUUGAACAACCUGAGACAACACAAAGUGAUGCAAAUAAUACUUCCGCUCACUUCUUGGAUUUGGAAGACCCAAGUCAAGUAGAACAAGUUGCUUCAAAACAGAACUAUUUGGACAGCUUAAAAGAAAUGGAUAAAACCCAGGUUCCUAAAUCAGAUGGGAAGCCUAGCUAUAGCUAUUUACCUGUGACUGCUGUAACUGUUCAGGAGAGUUCAUUGAAGACUGUUGGCUUAAAGAAGAGACGAAAAAGACGUUCAAGCAAGAACAUUCCUAAAACACAAGAGAAUUCUUAUGACUUUGAAAAGUCUUUUGAUCAUAUGUAUUCACAAGUGGUUGUUGAAGCAAAGCAGAGGAUUCUCAGCCACAAAAGAUCAUCCAAGAGAAAGAGGGCCAGCUCUGCUUUCAGCAGUUACAAAAGCCAAGGAAGAAGAAAACUGUUUAGUGAUUUUAGGAAACACCUGUUUUCUGAAAGUAACUGUGAAACCAGCAGUGAUAGGAGUGGAAGCUCUUGGGUCAACAGCCAAAAGGGAAAAAACUUUAAAACAUACUUGAAGCAGAAAAAGCCAAGAGUCAGAAGUAAGUUAAGAGUUUUGCCAUUGUCACCUGCAAGUAGUGGCAGUGAUCAGCGAAAGGUCAAACCUAUAUCAGUAGGAAAGAGGAUCUCAAGGCAAAACAAGAACAAAACCUCAGACUUGCCUGUGGUAGAAUUCCAAGAUAGCACAGUCUUUCUAACACCAGAAGAUUCUGCCAAGAAGAAGCCCUUCCAAAGUGCAUCCUCAUUAUGUGAUGCAUCUUCCCCAGAGUACUCAGAUGUCACUGAGGAUAUAUCACAGCCUGCAGCAACCAAAUCAUCAAUGGAAAGUGCCAUCCUUAAGCGAAAACAGCAAAAUGUGGAGGUAUCAGAUUUCUCAGACCAUACUUUGAUAAAACCAAAACACCAAAAAUUAGAAGAGGACCACACAUCAUUUUCCCCUCUUGCCUUAAUGCCAGGAGAAAACACAGGAUCUGAAGCCUUACAGGUUAUGCCAGAAAAUCUAGGAGAAUCUUCUGUCAUCUCUACCUUUGAAAAUUUUAUUAAAGAAUUGAAGAAAAGAUUUAAGUCUAGGAACAAGAAAAAAGAUGUUUGUUUCCAAAAUUCUAUGAAAGCAUCUGAGAAGUUAACCAUGCUUUUAGACCAGAUACAUCAAUGUAGGCUUGAUAAGAUAGAAGAGUUCCAUAUGAGCAUUCUUCAAAAAUUGGACAACUUUAAGAAGGAUGUUCAAGCUUUGAAAGAUCUUGAGAAUGAAAUCCUGGAUGUUUGGAAGGAACAAUGCACCAAAUUGAAUUCAUUCUGUGAUCUACAAAUGCAAAGACUAAACUACCUGAGGAAAAGAUGAAUGAAGAUGGCUUGAUCACUCUCUUCUCUUUACUAAAUAAUUUUGACUAAAUAAAUGAUACACUGACAUUGCA